GAAAAAGAAAAUGCCCAAGAGGAAGGAGCCUUUCGUCCAACCCACACGACGGGACGCGCCUUUCUCCCUUCUCCCUCCAGCAAAACAAACACUUUCAUCAUUCAGUUAUGACGCUAUAGCUUUUCUAAAAUGCAACUGAACUCUCCACUUCGAAACCCCGCAUGGACCUCCCAACGAAGGCUUUUCGAACAGAAGCUCUCGGAUCUUCAUAAGUGCUCAAACCUGAACCAUUUGAAGCAGGUCCAUGCCCAGAUCUUCAAAGCUGGUCUUCAUGACGACCCCUUUGUGGCACCCAAGCUCAUCACGGCGUUCUCCCUCUGUCGCCGAGUGGAGUUGGCAGUCAACGCUUUUAAUAUAGUUCAAGAAGCCAAUGUGCUUCUGUACAAUACUCUGAUCAGAGCUCAAGUCCAAAACAGUCAGCCUUCACAAGCCUUUUCAACUUUCCUUGAGAUGCGGGGCAUCGGCAUGGAGCCUGAUAAUUUUACUUACCCUUUUCUUCUGAAAGCCUGUUCGGCUAAACCUUCACUCCGAACAGUUGAGAUGAUACAUAACCACAUUGAGAAAUUUGGAUUUUGUUCAGAUGUAUUUGUGCCCAAUUCGCUAAUUGAUACAUACUCGAAGUGUGGUCCGGUUGGCGUCAGUGCAGCAAAGAAGUUGUUUAUGGCAAUGCCGGAGCGGGAUAUUGUUUCUUGGAAUUCGAUGAUUGGCGGAUUGGUAAAGGCGGGUGAGUUGGCCGAGGCUCGCCGUUUGUUUGACGAAACGCCUGAAAGAGAUAGGGUGAGUUGGAACACGAUGUUGGAUGGGUAUGCAAAGGCUGGAGAAAUGGACGCGGCAUUCAUACUGUUUGAGAAGAUGCCUGAGAGGGACGUUAUCUCAUGGUCAACGAUGGUUUCGGGUUACAGCAAAGCUGGGGACAUGGACAUGGCAAGAAUGUUGUUUAAUAAAAUGCCUUUCAAAAACUUGAUUCCGUGGACAAUAAUGGUAUCUGGAUAUGCUGAGAAGGGUUUUGCAAAAGAAGCAAUCAGCUUGUAUAAACAGAUGGAAGAGACUGGAUUGAAGCCUGAUGAUGGGGCUGUUAUUGGUAUUUUAGCUGCUUGUGCGAAGUCUGGUUUGCUUGGGUUAGGUACGAGAGUUUAUGCCUCAAUUCAGAGAACUGGUUUUAGCUGUAGCAUUCAAAUGUCCAAUGCACUGAUUGAUAUGUAUGCAAAAUGUGGCAGUUUAAACAAGGCUUCGAAAGUCUUUGAUGAUAUGGCAAAGAGAGAUUUGGUAUCUUGGAACGUCAUGCUUCAUGGAUUAGCCAUGCAUGGACAUGGUGAGGAAGCACUAAAGCUUUUCUCUAGAAUGAAACUCGAGGGGUUCAAGCCUGAUAAGAUCACUUUUGUUGGUGUUUUGUCUGCAUGUACCCAUGCAGGUUAUGUCGAUGACGGCCUUCUUUACUUCCAGACAAUGGAAAGAGAUUAUGGGAUUGUUCCCCAAAUUGAGCAUUAUGGUUGCAUGAUAGACCUUUUGGGUCACUGGGGGCGACUUGAGGAAGCUUUCAAGCUUGUGAAAAGCAUGCCAUUUGAACCAAAUGCCAUUAUUUGGGGUACCCUUUUGGGAGCGUGCAGAAUGCAUAAUGCUGUGGAACUUGCAGAGGAUGCACUUCAUCGCUUGGUUGAAUUGGAACCAUCAGAUGCUGGAAAUUUUUCUAUGCUGUCAAAUAUUUAUGCUGCUGCAGGAGAUUGGAAUAAUGUUGCAAAUGUAAGAAUGCAAAUGAAAAGCAAGGGCAUCCAAAAGCCAUCUGGUGCUAGUUCGAUUGAGUUGGAUAAUGAGGUUCAUGAAUUUACAGUAUUUGAUAUGUCACACCCCAAAUCAGACAAGAUAUACCAGAUCAUUGACAGAUUGGUUCAGGACCUCAAGGAAGUUGAUUAUGUUUCAAAGUAGUGCUAAUAAAAUCCGAUGUUGAUGAUGAUUUUGGGCGUACACAGUCAACAUAGUUCCUAUAUCGGGAAUGUUUCUGUUGUUGAAGUGUAUGCAUCGUAUUGGAUGACACUUCAGAUAUAGGGGUACGGCUAGUUGCUUUCCUAAUCUACCAGGGUUGCUGUUAAGUCAUCCACUGGAAAGAGGGAAAAUCUUGCCGCUUCUUGUUCAUAUAUUUACCUUAUAUCUAAUUCCAGGAAAUUCUCAA